AUGGAUUACGGGGAUGAUCUAGUUGUCUUUGGUGAAGACGACGGAUCAGAGGUUGAUUUUCCUAGCUCUAUUACCAAUUCACCACCCCGUGGAAUCUCUCGUACAAACGAGAGUACGCGUAAAUUGGAGGCAGAUAUCGAAUUGCUAGAUAGCGAGCUUUAUGCAUCUAUUCAGCACCGAGCAAAGCUACUAUGCCGGAGUGCGCGAAUUUCAGCGGAGCUAGCUACGCAGCUUGCUAAGGACAAUACCACCCUGUUACGCCAUAAAGUCCACCGAGAUGCCCGUAUUACCAAGCGCCAGAUCAACCUAGGGGGCCCCCUUACUGCUGGUGAUGCCAAUCGAAUUAUCCGGGCGCGAGAAUCGAAAGAGCAGGUGCAAGAAGAGAGGCGGUUGAAAAAGCGGAUUUCGAAGCCAUUAACUACGGAGGAUACACCAACCCCAGCACCCCGUUUUAUUCCAUGGAUUCCACCAAUGGAUGAUAUAUCUACUAUUUGA